AUGGAUACAACAGAAAUCUGCAAGGCUAAAUUUGGUUCAGCAGCCCAUGAUGUGGACAACUCAUGGGAUGAUGAACUCCAAAAACUGGAACAAACCCUCCCUACAGAAGAAGGUUGGAUCAGUGGAAUGAGUCUUUAUCUCUAUCAAGGCUUUUGGUGCUCAGGAGCAUCAGUUCGUGAUCUCAAACCUGCCUUGGCUUUCUCCACUUUGUACCGUGAUCGGUUUGCGAGCGAUGAACAUCCUUUGUUCACCUUUAAUCCUCACCAACUUGUUCGUCACUUAGAGUUUGAUGUUUAUUCGAACAACCCUUGUCCCGAUCUGGAAAAUAUUUGUGUUUAUAAGCCAAGGGCUUUUGCCACCCACCUUCCUUAUGCUUCUUUGCCCACUUCCAUCAAAGAUUCCAAAUGUAAGAUUGUUUACAUAUGCAGAAACCCCCUUGACACGUUCAUUUCUCUUUGGCUUUUUAUUGACAAGCUUCGAGACCAAAACAAUGAGUUGCUACCACUAGAUGAAGCCUUCGACAAAUUCCGUCUUGGAAUCUGUGGGUAUGGACCAUUUUUUGAUUACGUAUUGGGUUACUGGAAGGCAAGCCAAGAAAAUCCCUACAAGAUUCUGUUUCUAAAAUACGAAGAUCUUAAGGAGAACAUCAGUUCUCAGCUGAAACACUUGGCCAUGUUCUUAGGGGUUCCUUUCACAGAAGAUGAAGAGAAACAAGGAGUUGUUGAAAAAAUAACACAAAUUUGCAGCUUUGAGAAGUUGAAAGAACUGGAAGUGAACAAGAAGGGCUCACACAUUACUGGGAUCCCACACAAAGAAUUUUUCAGGAAAGGAAAAGUGGGAGAUUGGAGCAACUAUCUCACACCUUCCAUGGUUGAACGUUUGGAGAAGCUUAUCCAUGAGAAAAUGGAAAACUCAGGUUUAACAUUUAAACUCUCCUCCAAAACUUCAAAGGAUACCAUUUCUUCUGCAUGAUCAUGGGUUGUACUCUUUAGCUUUGAUAUAU